UGACUAUGGCUAUCAGGUCUGACCAUGACUACUUACUCCAGUAUAAAAACUCUGAGCAGAAAUAUGAUCACGGACUAAGGACUCUGAUCAAUUCUGGCUCCCUCCCCGAGCCUAUCUAAAUCAGAAGGUAGAUAAUGGAAGUGCUGCUCCUUUUCCUGCUCGCCCUGCACACUGCCAGGACAGCAACAGAAGGUAAAGGGAAAUGGUGCUACGCAUCACAGCUGGCUACUGACUCCAGCUGUUCAGAGCCCCGCCAAUGGAAAGAGCUGUUUGACGAGUGUGGAAAAGGCAGUCAGUCACCCAUCAAUAUUGUCACCCGCAAAGUGAUGACAGACUGGAAUCUGCAACCAUUUACGUUUGAAGGAUACGAUACCAAACAGUCGGCAAAAUGGGUUAUAGAGAAUGAUGGGCAUUCAGUGAAAGUGACACUUGAAGAGUCAGCAAAGAUUGGAGCUGGAAGCCUAACAAUGAAAUACAAGGCUACCCAAUUUCACUUCCACUGGGGCAGCCAUGGAAACUGGGGAUCCAGCCCUGGAUCCGAACACAGCAUCGAUGGAGAAAGAUACGCCAUGGAGCUUCACAUAGUCCACAGGAGGGAGGACGUCUCCUCUGAUGCAGAAGCAGUGAAACACGAGGAUGGUCUGGCCGUGCUGGGCUUCUUUAUCAAGGUCGGCAGAGAGAAUACCAACUACAAGCCUCUGAUAGACCAGUUGCACAAGAUUGAUGUCAAAGGGAAAAAGGGGGAGAUGGAGCCUUUGCUCCUGAAAUCUCUCAUCCCCCAUGAGAAGAACCUCACGCGCUAUUACCGAUAUGCCGGCUCCCUGACCACUCCAGGCUGUAAUGAGGCUGUUGUCUGGACGGUAUUUGAGGAACCGAUUGAACUUAGCCAAGAGCAGGUGGAGGCCUUCCCGAACACCAUCCACUUCAGCGCUAAUCCUCUAUUGCGCUUGACGGACAAUUUCCGCCCCGUCCAACCCCUGGGCAACAGGACCGUGUACAAAUCCAACGCCGGUGCCAUCCUGCCUCCUGCAAAGGCUUUGCUGGUGAUCCCAACAAUUACCUACCUCUUGGCGACUCUUUUCCAGUGAAGGCUCGUCACCCAUUUCAAGGUUGCAGGGUUUUAUUUUUUUGUUUUAAGGUUUCUUUCCUGUAAUAACCAAGCCCUGAUCUACACCUCUUUCCAGAAUGUAACCGCGGAGUUAUUUCCUGAUGCUUAUGUAGGGAUUUAUAAUGGCAUUUUUGUUGCUCAUCUGGUAUCAAAUGAAAUCAAUUGCAUUGGGUUUCGCAAGUCAUCCGGACAGUCAAUCAACAAGCUAUGGAGAUUCCCUUUUUCUUCUUUUUAAAUUGCUUAAGGCUUUUCUUUUGAAACACAACAAGGUCUUAACUGCAAUCCUGUCAUUUUAGCACAACGCUGCAAGCAUAAUCAAUGAGCCAUACUGUAGGAACCUGUAGUCUGAGCGCCAAAGAGGAGCGCGGCUCGCAAUAGGUGUACACGCCGCGUUACCGAUCGGGGACAUGAAACACUUUCCAGGGAUGUAGACGUCCCUUCUGUCCUCCAGGACAAAGGGACAAGACCAUCUAUUUAAAAAGCAACGCAGGGUUCGUCCUCUGCACUGUUUUGUUCAUACGGGUAUAUUUUCUCACUUCUAGUUUCUUGAGUCUCCUUAAUGUUCAUUUUUAGUGAAGAGUUGGUGGGAGUUUGCUUUCUUUUGAACCUGCUGUUUGGCUUGAAGGAAAGUAGGACUUAACCCGUUAGGUCAGAGUAUUUGCCUAAUCUAGUCCAGUGUCCUGCUCUUGCCAGUACCUGACACUACAGAGGAAAAGAAAAGCCUCCAGCCGGUAUACCAAGCUGUACACCCCUAAAAAUAUUCCUUCCCGAGUCCUACAAGAGACUUCAUUUGAAGAAUGAGAUUUGAUGAGCCUCCUUUGAAUAGCAACAGACUAGAACUGCUCAGGAAGGGGCUUUUCCCAUUUGGGAAACGACUUUGAAGUUCCCCCCUGCCUCUACCUCCUUCAAGUUUUUAAUCAACAUCCCCCCCCCCCCCAAAAAAAAUCAGUUUAAAAUUGACCUUUUUAUGAACAUGCCAUUCAAGUGCUUUUCUCAGCAAAAUGGAAAAAAGCAUCUCUUUAAAAUCCUCGUACACUGCGAUAAGUGAAAUCUCGAACUACGGAAAGGGGGUUGCACCGUGACCGGCGGUGGGCUCUUUUCUUGAAGACCGGAUCCAAUCACACCCCCAAUAACACUGUGAGGAUGAGUUUCUCCUAUUGAAUCCUGAGCAUAUUUUUGAAGAGAGAUGCAGAUGAUCCACUCUUUUGAGCCCAUGUAACACAACAUGCUGUAACCCCUUUAGAAAUUUUAAAUGUGGGUCAUUUUAUAAUGGGACACCAUCCUGGGCACUGCCGUUUCUUGCCCUUUUUUCCCUUUAGGGCUAUAUAUUCUUGGAUGUGAAACGAUAGCGUAUCCAUCUGGUCAUGCAUAUGAAAAAUGUGUAAGGCCGCCUAGAAACAGCAGGCUGGGACGUUAUUUUUCUUAUACGCUGUCUCUAUUUAACAGUCUAAUUAUAAAACAUUGAAAACCAGAAUGGAAAAGCAGACUGAUAUUUAUACAUUUAAGGAAAAUAUCCAAGAUUUUAAUUGUAUUUUUAUAUUAUUUAAGAGGUUCUGAGAAGUGACUGUAAAUAAAGGAUUGUGAUUAAAUGG